AAACCCGGGGGCCUGGGAGUUCAGCCAGGGGGUGGGGUCUUGAUUUCACAGGAGACCUUUCCGUGCGGGAGGGGAGCUGGGGUCUGGCAGACAAAGGGUUAAGGUCCCUGGAACUGGUGCCAAAUUACCAGCCCCCUCUCCGCUCUCUCCCCCUCCCGGGCCAGUGACUUUGCUGUAACCCUAAAGUGCAAGGCUGGGAAAUGUCCCUGGUGCGGCGGGGAGAGGAGGUCCUGCCCGGGCCGCCUCCAGACCUAGCCCAGCAGCACUGAGAGCAGGGGCAGGAUGGUUAUGGACGAAAGCCAGUGGGUCCCCGAGCGCGAAGGCACCGUCUCCACCAAGCUCCUGCAGAAGGCGGGUGCGGCCCCGUUCGUGCCUGUUGGCAUCGCGGGCUUUGCCAUGGUGGCCACUUAUGGCCUCUACAGACUGAAGGCCAGAGGAAAGAUGAAGAUGUCUGUGCACCUGAUCCACACGCGCGUGGCUGCCCAAGCCUGCGUGGUUGGCGCCAUCACGCUGGGUGCAACCUACACUAUGUACAAAGACCACCUGCUGAAACCGGCUGCAGCCAGAGCCCAGAAAUAGACACGAGGAAGCUGCAGAGGUGGAGAUGGAGCAUCUUAGGGCCCCAGCACAGUAUUCUUCCCUUUGCCUAACCUAGGCCCUGCAGCCCAGCGCUCCCAGGGGCUGCUGUUGUGUAUGUAACAAAUCCUGCUUUUCUGGUUUAUAAAGUGACAGUUAAAGG